AUGUCGUACAAUCGACAGUUCCUCUUUUUUCUUCUCAAUUUCUUCAUUACUUACCAAGGUACACGUAUGUGCUACGUUUUAGGUAAUUAUGCGCAAUCAAAGAGCGGCUCGCCGUUUAAAAAAUGCUGCGAUCUCGGAACUUCUUGGGCCAAAGAAGGCUUGAGGUGCGAGAAAUUUGCAGGGCCUGUUGCAGAUGUACCGAGAGCUCAGCAAGCACUUUGUCUUGAAGCUGUAGACAUCUGCUGCAACCGCGGUAACCAUGAAAUAAGUUGUGACAAGGGCAAAAAAAGUGCACGUGAAGGCAAGGCUUGCGUUGAUGGUAGUUCCGGUAAAUCAAGGGCUGCAAGAGCGCUGGGAGAUUAUCAGCGAGACUGUUGUGAAGGCUGUAAACUUGUAACUUCCAAACCAACUGAUGAUGAUAAUUCUACUGAUCCUACCAGCAAAACUAAAAGUACAGCAAUUAGCUCAUCAACAACUUCAAGUGAUACUACCAGUAAAACUAAAAGUACAGCAAUUAGUUCAUCAACAAGUUCAAGUUCAACCAUAGAUAUAGAUUUUGACGUUAUGUUUCCCGAUGAUAGCACUGACUUAACAGAUUCUUCUUCAUUGACCACGACUUCAGACGAUGGAAUACCUACACCUCCGCUUGAUGACAUCUGCCAGAUCCUGAAAAAUCUACUCUGCUCGCAUAUCUGUGUCCCUACCCCAGGGUCUUAUUAUUGUGAAUGUCCGAAAGGGUAUGUUCUUCUUGAAGAUCAGAAAACCUGCAGAACAGAUGGUCCAAUAAAUCGAUGUGAAUCAGACAAUCCAUGUGAGCAUCAAUGCACUGAUACAGGAACAGCAGUGAAAUGUGAAUGUGAUCCAGGGUUUGAAUUAGCAAAAGAUGGUCAUUCAUGUCAGUUAAAGCCUACGGAGGUGAUUACAUCCACUCCAAAAUCUCGAGAUAAGCCCAAGGAUAAAAAGAAACCACGCUGUCCGCCUGGUUAUCGAUUUAAUGCCAGCGCUCGUGUUUGCGAUGACGUCGAUGAAUGUCUGGAAAACCCUUGCCGCGCGAGAGAAAAAUGCGAGAAUGUCGUCGGGUCCUAUAUCUGUAUAUCGAAGAAGCGAAGAUUUAAAUCAAAGUUCAAGGGUCAAGAGGCUCAAUUGGACUUUAAAGAAUCGUGCCCUCCAGGUUACGUGUGGGAUAAACAAUUUCAAGUUUGCUCUGACAUCGAUGAAUGUGCAGAUCAAGUAAACGUACUGCCAUGCCCAAUUGACACUCAUUUUUGCGUUAACACAGAAGGAAGUUACGCUUGUCAUGAACUAACAGAAUCAAAGGGUUGCCCAGCUGGAUUUAAACUCAACAUCACUAGAAAAACAUGCCAAGACGUUGAUGAGUGCUUGGAAAGUCUUCACGGUUGUCUUCCUGAAGUCGAAGAAUGCAGAAACACCGAGGGUGCUUACGAAUGUGACAUACUAUGUCGCAAAGGCUAUACAUUCAGCCGCGGCUUAGGCAUUUGCGUCGAUAUAAAUGAGUGCGAAGAAUUAAAUCCUUGUCCAAGAGAAAAAUCUAUUUGCAUAAAUCUCCCGGGGACUUAUCAGUGUGGAGGUCGUUUUGCCGAAGAAUUUGAAGAAGAAAAAAAUUUAGAAGAUAAUGAAGUUGCAGAUGAUCAGUAUGAGACUGAUACAAUAGACGAAAGUUAUCUAAUAAAUGAUAAAAAUAAAUCAUCGAAUAUUUCAGUAUCGUCAGCUUUAAUCGCAUGUGAACCAGGCUACCAAUGGAUUGAUAAUAAUUGUUACGACGUCAAUGAAUGUACCGACGGCCCGGGAUGUCAAGAACACGAGCGUUGUGUAAAUCGUCUUGGUGGUUACGAUUGCUUGCCUCUUUGCAACACUGGCUGGUACUUUGACCGUACUAGUAAGCAGUGCCGUGACGUUGAUGAAUGUCUUCUAGGUAGACACAAUUGCUCCCAGGAUAGUCAAGUUUGUCGCAAUACUAAUGGCUCUUAUGUUUGCGAUGAAAUUCCUCCAUGCGAUUCAGGAUUCCGUCGAGCCUUUAAUGGAACUUGUGUUGAUAUUGACGAGUGUAUUGAUAAACUACACAAUUGUCCGCUGCAUUUACAUCAGUACUGUGUCAAUCGUGUAGGUACUUUUGAGUGCGUUACUCGUCUUCCCGACUGCACCGAUGGAUAUAGGUUUUCUAUGACUAGCAAAAGAUGUGAAGAUAUUGAUGAAUGCAGUACCAAGUCACCGUGCGAUGCCAAACAAGAAAGAUGUGUCAAUUUACCCGGAUCAUAUCGUUGCGACAGACCUAAUUUACCCAUUCCAAAAAGACGGCCAGCCUGUCCUGCGGGGUUUAGAUAUGACUCUAAAUCACGUCAAUGUGAAGCAUUAAAUGCUUUAUGUCUAGCUUCUUUGAAUCACAUUGACGAAUGUGCGGGUCAAGUAAAUUUGUGCGGAUCAGAAGUAUGCUAUAAUCAACCGGGAGGUUACACAUGUGUGCGAGCUCCUAUUCCUAUAACGGAGCCAACAACCCAAGACGAUAGUGAAAUUCAAUCAACCGUAAAACCAGAUGAUACUAAAACCUGUUCAGAAGGUUUUAAAAACGUAAGAAAUCGUGGUUGUCUGGAUGUAAAUGAAUGCGAUGAAGUUGAAGAGGCUUGUAGCAGCAAUGAAGAGUGUGUUAAUACCAUUGGAAGUUACACAUGCAACUGUCGGAUAGGUUUUCGACGAGAUAAUUUAACUCAGGCAUGUGUAGAUAUUAAUGAAUGUCAGCUGCUGGAAAAUGAUUGCCUGCCAACUCAGCGAUGCGAUAAUACACUUGGUAGUUACAACUGCGUAAGAUUUUUACCAUGCGGAACUGGUUAUACCUUGAACGCCGCUACGGAAAUAUGCGAAGACGACGAUGAAUGUCUUCUCGGAACUCACGAUUGUGGAUCAAGUGGCCAGUGUAUUGAUAUUGACGAAUGUUACGGACCAUCGAACCCAUGCGCCCGUUCACCUCUUCAGCGAUGUAUCAACACCGUAGGCUCUUACCGGUGCGUCUCUCGAGUAAUUUGUGGAGCUGGAUGGACCUUGGAUCCUGUUACCUCAAGAUGUGUAGAUCUAGAUGAGUGUGCUACGGGUACACAUGAAUGCGGACCUGAUCAAACAUGCGAGAACCGACAAGGUGGAUAUUUGUGCUCCUGCCCGGCUGGACACGCUCUCGGGCCUAAUCGAGAGUGCAUUGACAUUGAUGAAUGCAGUAUGCUUAGCGGCAAUGUCUGCGGGAGCGGUGGACGUUGCGAAAAUACCGUUGGCUCGUAUCGGUGUGUCUGUGAUGCGGGUUACGAGAAAUCUUCCAAGGGCACUGCCUGUCAAGACACAAAUGAAUGCGAAAAAUCUCCGGGAAUAUGCCAACAAAAUUGUGUUAAUACUUGGGGCAGCUAUCGGUGCAGUUGUAAGCCAGGGUACCGGCUUCAUUCUGACAAUAGGUCUUGUACUGACGUCGAUGAAUGUACUGAGUUUAAAGAAAAUAAUCUUUGUGUUGGGAUUUGCGAUAAUACACCUGGCAUCGAUGCGUACGUUCGUUGCGCUAUUGCCCAAGCGGAGAUCUUGCUUGUUUCCGAUCACCCGCUCAUUAUUCUUUUAACUUUAUCACCUUCGUUAGCAUGUUUCCGCUACCACCAACUGGUCAGCUAGAAUUAUUUACAAUGCGUGGUACCCACUUACCCGGAUCAGUUGUCAGAUUCAGCAUGGCAUUCAAUGAAGCCCGAGCACCACCAGGAGUUAUGCGUGCUACUGAAUCUUGCUUUGCUCUACGUAGACCCACUCCUUCUCAAGCAGUUCUGGUGCUUACACGCAUUCUGCCUGGACCGCAAGAGAUCGAGCUGGACCUCAGCAUGGAAAUUUAUCACAAUAAUGCUUUUGCUGGUAGCGCAGUUGCGAAACUCUUUAUUUUUGUAACAGAGUAUGAAUUCUAA